GAAAAAUAAUCGUCGAAGGCAGAGGGGAAUGAUCCUUCUUUUCGCUGUGUGACUGAUUAUAUCUCGUAGCAGUCAACACGGGCGGUGCUUCUCCCGUUGCAUGCACUUCGGCGCCUCAACACAAGUCUCCGUCCACUUGGACUGCGCUAGUGUUUAAAACACGCGCAUCGGCGUCUGUUAAGACGAGUGCUGAUUGGCGGACAGGCUUCACGCUCAGAGAGGCUGUCAGUCAGCAGCAGGAGGGAGAGAAAAACACCUCUGGGUUGUUUUUAUCAGGCGGUGAUAGUUGACCAGAUAUCUUUGUCAUUUCAUGACCUGGUAACUUCUAAUCUCAGAGCUCCCGAUGCAUUCUUUGACAGACAGCAGAGCCAGAAUGUAGUGUUGUUGUUGUUGUCGCACACCUUCUCACCAAUAGGUGACAGUGGAUGUUGCUUCAUCCAGACCUCCUCCCUGCUCCCUCUCUGUCCCCUUCACGGGCGGCUGUCUUCUCCUGGAGCCUAGUCCUGCUGUCUGGAGCCCCGUCCUGCUGUCUGGAGCCCCGUCCUGCUGUCUGGAGCCCCGUCCUGCUGUCUGGAGCCCCGUGUUGUAGAUGACUAAGCUGGAGGAGGAGGACACAGAGCAGCGGGUCGGUGAGGAGAUGUCAGAGCGGGGAUGCCUCGUCUUAGAGACUGUGUUGUAAUCGAGGAUAUCUACCUCUCUGACCUGGAACAAACACCAGAGGAGCAACUUUUGAGCCUAACUCGUGGUGACACAUAUAUGGAUGGUGGGCUCGCAGCAUGCCCACCCCCUCAACUACCAUUACACCACUGUCUGGAGGGAGUAGCAGCACCGGAGGAGAAGAGGAGCUCAUGUCUGCCACCUCCGCAUCUUCCCUCGGCUCCUCUUUCCGUUUCGUCCCAGCUUUCUUUCUGGGCGUGGUGGCAGCAGUAGUGUUUCAGCUGGCCUGGGGAGGCCUGACUCUCACCUCCUUCUUCUUGAAGUUGUUCAUCUAUGUGUCAUUUGCCCUUCUGUGUUUCCUGGCUGGGAGCUUUGUCCUGCUGGUGAGGAAGAGUCCUCUCAAAGUCAGCUGCUUUCACAGGAACCGGAGGCAGUCAGCUGUACAGCUGGAGUUCUUCAACAAGCUUAUGGCCCGUUUUUUGGUGCCACUUCCCGAGUCAAGCCAGAGCAGGAGGGUGGUGGUGUCGCACAAUGUGGACAAGUCUCUGAAGGAAGUGUUCGACUUUGCCUACAGGGACUACAUCCUGUCCUGGUACACCCCUCUGAGUCACGAUGAGGGCCAGCUGUACUCCAUGCUGUCAGAGGACUGGUGGCAGAUGAUCGGACAGUUGAGAUCCAGGCUUGCUAAUUUUGACCUUGUUAACGUGGUGUGCUACGACACCAUCCGAAUCCUGCACACACAUUUCACUGACCUCAAGGCUGCAUCUGCAAGACCAGAAGAGUGUGCCCGGCCCUUCCCUCUCCAUCCCUGUCUGGUCAGUCCUGAGUCAGAGCUGGCCUUCCUCCGCUGUGUAGCCAGAAUACUGCUGCUAUGUUUGCUGCCACAUAAGGAUGCCAAGUCACAUACACUACGCUGCUGCCUCACAGAAGUCAUCACUACUAAAGUGUUGAAGCCUUUGGUAGAAGUGCUGAGCGACCCAGACUCCAUCAACCGGAUGCUGUUGUCUCAGCUGGAGCAGAGGGAGCAGCAGGCCGAGCAGCAGAAGAAAGCCUACACCUACGCUGCCUCCUACGAAGACUUCAUCAAACUGAUUUCAACCUCUGCUGAUGUCAAUUUCCUCAAACAACUCAGGUAUCAGAUUGUGGUAGAGAUUAUUCAUGCCACCACCAUCAGCAGCCUGCCUCAGCUCAAAAAGCAGAAAGAUCGUAAAGGUAAGGAGUCAGCAGCCAUGAAGGCAGACCUGCUCAGGGCCAGAGACAUGAAACGUUAUAUCAAUCAGUUAACUGUAGCCAAGAAACAAUGUGAGAAACGGAUCCGCCUCCUCGGUGGACCCAACUAUGAGAACAAUGAGGAGGGAGGAACCGAGGACAGCGAUGAGCCUCAAAGUCAAAAGAUUCUCCAGUUUGAUGACAUCCUGUGUAAUCCAGGUUACAGGGAGCAUUUCAGAGUUUACAUGGAACGAGUUGAUAAGAGAGCUCUGAUAGGCUUCUGGGAACUGGUGGAAACACUUAAAACUGCCAACAAGAACGAAGUGCCCCAGAUCGUAGGGGAAAUCUACCAGAAGUUCUUCGUGGAGAGCAGAGAGAUCCCAGUGGAAAAGUUCCUUCUGAAGGAGAUUCAGCAGAGUCUGGUGGGGAACAGAGGAACACAAGUUUUUGUUAAACUACAAGAACAGGUGGCAGAGACAAUGAGAGAGCGUUACUACCCCUCCUUCCUGGUUUCUGACCUCUACGAGAAGCUGAUCAGGAGAGACGAGCAGCACAGCCAAUCACAAUGUAGCACUGAGGAAAAGGAUGAAGGGUGUCCAGGUCUAGAUGUGGGAGAGGAGGUGGGUGAUGAAGGAAGUAAAGGAAUCAAUGAGCAGGCCAGUUAUGCAGCCACAAAACUCUGCCAGCUCUAUGACAAACUGGAGUACAAGCGACAGGCCUUGGGCUCCAUCCAGAAUGCACCCAAACCCGACAAAAAGAUAGUGAGCAAACUAAAGGACGAGAUUGGAGCCAUGGAGAAAGAACACAGUGAACUCCAGCAGCACAUCAGUAGGACUGACUGGUGGUGUGAAAACUUGGGGCACUGGAGGGCGACUAUUACAACUGCUGAGGCUACAGAGGAAGGUGGCGAGACGGUUGCUUGUUACAGUGUGUGUGUGAGCCUGAUCGACGGAGAGGAGCCGGGUAGCAGUCGCUGGAGCGUCCAGAGGAAACUCACUGAGUUCCAGAUGCUGCACCGGAAACUCACUGAGUGUUUCCCGUCGUUGAAGAAACUCCAGCUCCCAUCAAUCAGUAAACUUCCCUUCAAGUCCAUCGAUCAGAAAUUCUUGGACAAGAGCAAAACGCAGCUCAAUGCCUUUCUCCAGCGCCUGCUGACAGAUGAGCGAUUGUGCCAGUCAGAGGCUCUCUAUGCGUUCCUCAGCCCGUCCCCAGAGCAUCUCAAGGUGAUGUCAAUCCAGAAGAAAUCCUCCUUCUCUCUGGCCUCCUUCCUGGAGAGGCUACCUGGAGACUUCUUCUCCCACACUGAGGAGGAGGUUGAUGAAGACAGUGACUUGUCGGAUUACGGUGAUGAAGGAGACGGGAGGAAAGACGCUCUGGCUGAACCCUGCUUCAUGCUCAUAGGAGAGAUCUUUGAACUCAGAGGAAUGUUUAAGUGGGUGAGGAAGACUCUUAUUGCACUAGUCCAGGUGACAUUUGGACGAACUAUCAACAAACAGAUCCGGGACACCGUUAACUGGAUCUUCUGUGAGCAGAUGUUGGUGUGUUACAUCAGUGUGUUCAGGGACACCUUCUGGCCAAAUGGGAAGUUGGCUCCACACGUCAAAGUGCGGACUGACUCUGAACGCAGUGAAACUAAAGACCGGGCUCAACAGAAACUACUGGACAAUAUCCCAGAUGCACUAGCAAAUCUAGUUGGCCAGCAAAAUGCCCGCUAUGGAAUCAUCAAGAUCUUCAGCGCCCUGCAGGAGGCCAGUGCCAACAAACAUCUUCUCUACGUGCUGAUGGAGAUGUUACUGAAGGAAGUGUGUCCUGAACUCAGGGCGGAGGUGGACAACAUCUGAACUCAAACACACACUCACACCCACACUCAAUACAUGCAGAGUCUUUGGAUCCUUUUGGCCUUUCUGUAGCUGAUCAAUUAAACUGCCAAGAGAGACAGUGAGAUGGCCUUUUGGUUAAACCGGAGACAGAAAGCAGCAGGAAGGACUGUGCUGUGAAAAGAUGAGAAGCUAGGCAGACACCAGGCUGAGAGACGCUGCUGUGUGUGUGCUGUGGUACAGAUCUAAACGUGUCUGUCUGUAUCUUAAAGUCCACAUUCACUAAAACAAACUGAAUCUUUGGUA